AUGGACGACCGGUUACCUUCAAUAUGGUCCAAGUUGGACCCUUCCUCUCGCUACUUCUCUCUCGAGUUCUUCCCUCCCAAAACGUCCUCCGGCUUCGCCAACCUGCAAGCCCGUCUUGUUCGCAUGGCCCAAGGACUGCGACCACUCUUUGUCACAGUAACCUGGGGUGCGGGAGGCUCUACAGCGACCAAAUCACUAGAACUGGCGGAGAUAUGCCAGAGGCAACUAGGGUUAACGACUGUGUUGCAUUUGACAUGUACAAACAUGAAGAGAAAGGCAGUGGACGAAGCGUUGGAAGGAGCAAAAGAGGUGGGGAUCAGAAAUAUUCUCGCUCUUCGAGGCGAUCCGCCACGGGAAGAGUACAAGGACACAGAUGAAACAGGCAGUGGUGGCGAAGGUACCGACAGCAACGAGGAGUUUGUCUGGGCCGUCGAUCUCGUGCGAUACAUUCGCCGGCAGUAUGGUGACUACUUUUCCAUCGGUGUUGCUGGAUAUCCAGAAGGGCAUGCAGAUGAAAAUAAUCCCGAGGUCGGGAAGCAAAGUGUUGAAUAUGACCUGCCGUAUCUUGCGGAAAAGACUGCCGCUGGAGCCGAUUUCAUUAUGACCCAACUCACCUAUGACAUUCAAGCUUACCAGGCAUACGAGAAGAGACUGCGUGAGUAUGUGGAUGAGAAGGGAGAGAAGCUGUUUGGAAGCAUUCCUAUCAUCCCUGGCUUGAUGCCCAUCCAGAGCUACCAAAUAAUCAAGAGGAUAACCAAGCUAAGUCAUGCAAAGAUUCCUGGUAACAUUCUGGAAAGAAUAGAAGCUGUCAAGUCGGACGAUGAGGCGGUCAAACGGGUAGGAGUGGACAUCCUCAGUGAGCUGGUUGAGCAGAUGACAGAGCUCCCACAGCCGGAAGGCGUGCCACGUGGAUUUCAUUUUUACACCCUCAAUCUUGAAAAGUCGGUGGCUUUCAUCCUCGAGCGAACGGGCCUCAUUCCUCCGGUGAGUGAACAAGCUAGUCCCGCCGAAUCAUCCGACAGUGAUGCCAUUAUCGACGAUGAAAAACGGCCGGGCUAUUCUGAGGGUCAAGGCACGGACGGUACUGCAAGAGGUACACUCGACCGGACACCACGUUUCACAAAGCGGAGGACAAGCUCGGUCAAUGCACAGCCUCACAAUCGAGUAAUUGUCGACGCUACAUUGAAAGCGUCUCACGGAUCGAAGAAGGCCACUCAACGUGGACCGGAAACUGCACCGAUCAUCUCCCGCCAUGAAGCUUCGGAAAAAGGUACAGGAAUACCAGCCUCAGGACCGACGAGAAAGCACACUCUCAUGAUUUCGGAGGGACAAGGAUCACUCGGACGAGAGGCAACCUGGGAUGACUUUCCUAAUGGACGAUGGGGUCCAUCAGAUUCUCCAGCCUUUGGUGAGAUCGACGGCUAUGGACCAAGUCUGAAAGUCGGACCCAUCACAGCACGGAAGCUCUGGGGCCACCCCACGUCACAUAAGGACAUCACCGAGCUGUUCAGGCGUCAUGUUGUAGGAGAGCUGGAGGCGGUUCCUUGGAGUGACGAGAUGGACAUCGAUGGGGCUAGCAGUGGAGGUUCAGGGCCGUUACGAGCGGAGACUCAAGUGAUCAGGAAAGAACUCUUGGAUCUCAUUGAGACCAAGGGUUACUGGACUCUGGCUUCCCAACCAGCAGUCGACGGUGCAAGAAGCGAUGAUGAAAUUGUCGGCUGGGGCCCUCCUGGGGAGGGAUGGGUCUUCCAAAAAGCCUUUGUUGAGUUUUUCUGCCCGCGACAAGAGUGGGAGGACCGUUUGAAGCCCCUAUUGUUGAAAUACGAAGCAGAUACAUUGGGUUGGAUGAAAACAGAUGCCAGUGGAGUCUUCGAAUCCAGCACCGACAUCAAGCAACCGAACACACCCGAGAAGUCCACAACGAAGCAAACUCCAGGGACGAGCGGUAUCAGUGCAGUGACCUGGGGCGUUUUCAGAAACAGAGAGAUUAUAACGCCGACUAUCAUCGAGGAUGAAAGUUUCCGAGCAUGGGGCGAGGAAGCCUACAGUAUAUGGAGUGUCUGGCGGCGAUGUUUCCCUCGAGGAAGCGAAGAAGAAAAAUUCCUGGACAGAAUGAGGCAGGAUUUAGUACUUGUCAACGUCGUGGGGAACAAUUAUGCUGGAGGGCACUCCGGGCAGGGUGGAGAGCUAUGGAAGAUCCUGCUGGAGCGAAAAUAG